AUGCCAAGAAUGCCGUUGAGCAUCCUCAGCGCGCCCUCAGCAUUGCCUACCUUUUCUCUCCUCGUGUUUCCCUUCAGAGACGUGACAAAGGAGACACGCGGCACGGCCUUCGUGGUGUACGCCAAGAACGCCGUGGAGCAUCCUUCUUAUGCCCUCCCUGCCUUGCCCCCUAACUGUGUUUCAUGUUUCCCUUUAGCGGUCGGAGUGACAAAAGAGACGCGAGGCACGGCCUUUGUGGUGUACGAGGACAUAUACGACGCCAAGAACGCGGUGGAGCAUCUGUCGGGGUUCAACGUGGCCAAUCGGUACCUCAUAGUGCUCUACUAUCAGCAGGCCAAGUUCACCAAGAAGAUCGACCAGAAGAAAAAUGAGGAGGAGCUGGAUAAGAUGCAGAAGAAGUAUGGCGUGUCGGGGGAACAGAAAUAG